CUCUUCUAUUGUCAAGAGUGCGAUUUUCAAGUGAUUACAAGAUGUUUUUCGAUGUUUUGAAUUAUCAACCUUUGCCUGAACCUUUGGAGGCAACAUCUGAUGGACGAGCGGGAUUCGUGAAUCCAAAAAAAUUGGAUAAUUUUAAAUAUCGGGCCAAGAAAAAAGGCCUAUUGAAGCAGGAUGAACCCGCAAAUAUUAAAUUUGGAACGUCCAUAUUAAAAAAUCACAUUAAUCCUGCAUACAAACAAGCAAUAGAUAAGAUUCGGCCAUUUUACGAGAUUUCGCGCGAUCGCUUUAACAGUCAGCGAUUGGUAGAAGAUCAGGACGACUAUGAAAUAAAUGAUGACAUUAUGGGUCGUCCAACGUACAUCCGAUUGAAUGAAGGCUUCAGCAAGCGCGAAGGGUGCAUGGAAAAUUCUAACACCAUUGGAUAUAAUGUUAUGUGUGCUGAUAAUAAGAGAAAAGCAUUAAAUAAAGCCGGAUCAUUUUUCAAGGCCGUAUGGAAGCCUGUCAAGAAAUCAGCACAGAAAGUCUGGAAAAGCAUGAAAAAUGGACAAACUGAAUACAUUCAGUUUCAUUAAUGAUCUGUUUCUCUCAAUCAUUUGAGUCAAGUAUCCAUCUGCUUGAUUUAAUCCGAGUACUUCUCGGGUAAGUGUUUAAUCAGAAUAUUUUUGUAUUUUACACUUAACACUUACAAGAUUAUCUACUCUACACUUAUAAAUUGAAUACCAUUUCAAUCCUUGAUAGAAAUGGUGUUUUGGCCAUGGUCACAGGAGAACAGAAAACAUGUAUUAACGUAGAGAUAUAUCAUAUUCUUUAUAACAUUGAGACAGACAUUGAGAUAUUUACAUAUAGACAGACUGGAGCAGUCUUACAGGGCAUUAGAAUUAUAUAUAUAUAUUCUUAUCCAAGUAUCAUCUAGAAUAUAUUCUGGGAAAGUAGUAGUCUCGUAACAAAGAAAAAGCAACAGGAUAAGUAGGAAUAGAGAUAAAAAUAUUCAGCAAGUUCAUAUAAAUAUGAGUAUACUAAGAUUCUAAACUAAUCAAAUUAAUAAUGAAAU